CUCCAACAUCACUUCCUGAAACGAGGUCCCGUAUGUGUUUGAAUCGAGGUCCUUCUGGUUGUCUCUCGGCUUCCCGACAAUAUUCAGGUUCGCUAUGUCCAAAGAAGACCUCAUUUCAGUGGAUUAUGAAAUUUUCGGCAGAGUGCAAGGUGUAUUUUUUCGGAAAUACACUCAAGCAGAAGGGAAGAAGCUUGGCCUGGUUGGAUGGGUCCAAAACACAAGCGCAGGAACGGUUCAGGGCCAGCUGCAAGGCCCACGCAGCAAGGUGAAAGAAAUGCAAGAAUGGCUGAAGACCACCGGGAGCCCCAAGUCGCACAUAACCAAGGCAGAGUUCAAGAAUGAAAAAUCAAUCGAUAGCCUAGAACACUCCUCUUUUAACAUAGUAAAAUAAAGUAGCCUAUAGAUUGUGCCUGUAGUGUUAACUUUGAAGAAUAUAUUUAUUUAUUUAUUUUUAUUGGUUGGAAUGCACCUAAUAUAAUUAACUGAACAGAUGUGUGUUUGUGUGUCUCUUUAACAUCUGCAUUAUAUGGAAUUACAUCAAUAAAUGAAAAAUAUGAAUGAA